AUGGUUACAGAUAUUAAUGAGUGCCUUGAACAAACAUCAGGUUGUUCACAUAAUUGUGAAAAUAUAGAAGGAAGUUACCUUUGCAGUUGUCCAACUGGAUAUCUACUAGAGCCUGAUAAUCAUACCUGCACUGAUAUUAAUGAAUGUAUCACUGAUAAUGGAGGAUGUGAAGAAACAUGUUAUAAUACUAAUGGCAGUUAUACUUGUUCCUGUCAGACUGGCUAUACAGUUGAUGAAAGUGGUCAUAAUUGUACAGAUAUUGAUGAAUGUAGUUCAAAUAAUGGAGACUGUGAUCAAAUUUGUACUAAUCUUGAAGGAACUCAUAACUGUUCUUGUAGAUCUGGUUAUAUCAUGGUAGCUAAUGGAACAUCAUGCAUUGAUAUUAAUGAGUGUGUUGAUAAUAAUGGAGGCUGUUCUCAAACAUGCUCAAAUACUGAUGGAAGCUUUGACUGUGAAUGCUACAAUGGAUAUGACUUUAUUGAAAAUAGCACCUCAGAUUGUACAGAUAUUGAUGAGUGCCUUGUUAAUAAUGGUGGUUGUCAAGAAAUUUGUACCAAUACAAAUGGAAGCUAUUAUUGUUCUUGUCCAUUAGGAUACAGUGGCAGUGUUUUCUGUUCAGAUAUUGCUGAAUGUUUUUUGGGUAUUUCUGACUGUAAUCAGACUUGUAUUAAUACUGUUGGUAGCUACUACUGUGAAUGUGACUCGGGAUACACUUUGAGCAACGACAGUCAUUCCUGUAUAGAUAAUGAUGAAUGUGUAAUGGGAACUGAUACCUGUGAUCAAGUUUGUAUAAAUGAACCUGGUUCAUAUGAUUGUUCAUGUAAUACUGGUUAUUCACUCAAAUCAAAUGGGAUUUCUUGUACAGAUAUUAAUGAAUGUGAUAUUGGUAAUGGUGACUGUUCACAAACGUGCACAAAUAUUCCUGGAAGCCAUCAAUGUGAAUGUUAUGAUGGCUAUCACUCAACUGAUGUUAACUCUAUAAAUUGUGAAGACACAAAUGAAUGCCUUACUAGCAAUGGUGGCUGUCAGCACAUUUGUAUUAAUACAAAUGGAAGCUUCAAUUGUACUUGUCAGAUUGGAUACAGUGGCAGUGUUUUUUGUUCAGAUAUUAAUGAAUGUAUUCUAAACAUUUCUGGCUGUAACCAAGAAUGUACUAACACUGUUGGUAGUUACUACUGUGGUUGUCAAAAUGGAUACUACUUGAGCAAUGAUAAUCACACUUGCAUAGAUAAUGAUGAAUGUGUAAUGGGAACUGAUACCUGUGAUCAAGUCUGUAUCAAUGAUCCUGGUUCAUAUCAUUGUUCAUGUCAUACUGGGUAUUCACUCAAAUCGAAUGAGAUUUCUUGUAUGGACAUUGAUGAGUGCCAGAUUGGUAAUGACACUUGUGAGCAAACUUGCCACAACACUGAUGGUUCCUUUUAUUGUGAAUGUAACUCUGGAUACAGAUUAGAUAUUCAAACUAAUAGCACUUGUAAUGAUAUUGAUGAAUGCAAUGAAGGAACUUCAAAUUGUAAUCAGAUAUGCAAUAACACUGAUGGUAGCUACACUUGCAGUUGUUUAGCUGGUUAUCAGUUUCAAUAUGACAGUUAUUAUUGUACUGAUAUUGAUGAAUGUACAAUAGACAAUGGAGGAUGUGAAGGAACUUGUCACAAUCUAAAUGGUAGUUACACAUGCUCAUGUCAGAAUGGCUAUUUUUUUAAUAUUGACCAGAAAAACUGCUCAGAUAUUAACGAGUGUGAUGCUGACAAUGGUGGUUGUCAUCAGAUUUGUAGCAAUACUCUUGGUUCCUAUACCUGCUCAUGCAAUAGUGGGUAUAUGUUAACAUACGAUGGACACAACUGCUCUGAUAUCAAUGAAUGCUGUCCUAGUAGUAAUGUUUGUGAUCAUACA